CUGGGCUAGUCCGUGCUGUUUUUUUCGUUCUUUGUGAAAGCGGGUCGGCGGUGAGAUCGGGAUGCGGAGGGGGGUUCUCGCCGUCUUGGACGGGGUGCCGAAGACGGAUUAUUCUCUGCGGGGCAACACCAAAAAUUUUCUUUCGUUAGAUAUGUGAUGAGAGAUAUAUUGGAAGAAAAUCCCCAAAUGGAAGCAAACCAUGACUGAAGACGAGUGAAACAGCCCGAGGAUUGAGAACAUCAACUGGAGAGAAUCCAACUGACUUGGAGAUUCCAUUGAUAUAGUCAGGAGAAAGUUUGGUUAAAAAUGACAAGGAAUUUGUCUAUGGAAAUUCAAACAUAGCACCCCAGUUUUGCUGUCUCGGUCUAGAUAUUUAAGAAGUGGAGCAAGGGAUUUACUCGAUCAUCCUUCCUGCUCAGACUGUGGAGAGGGAUUCACUUGGUCAUCUGACCAACUGGCACGCCCAUCAUUUUACACAGGGGAGAGGCCAUUCACCUGCUCAGACAGAGGGAGUGCAUUCACUCGGUCAUCUCAACUGAAGGUACUUCAGCAAGUUCACACUGGGACAAGGCCAUUCACUUGUUCUGUGUGUGAGAAGGGGUUCAGUUGGUCAUCCCACCUGUGGACACACAGUCAGAUCACACUGGGCAAAGGUUGCUCAUCUGCUGAAUUUGUGGGAAAGUAUUCACUCAGUCAUCUGAUCUAAUGGCUUACCAGCAAGUUCACACUGGAGAGAGGCCAUUCACCUGCUCAGACUGUGGGAAGGGAUUCACUCGGUCAUCUCACCUAUUGAGACACCAGACAGUUCACACUAGGCAUAGGCCAUUUACCUGCUCAGACUGUGGAAAGGGAUUCACUCGGUCAUCCCAUCUGAAAGUACAUCAGUUAGUUCACACUGGGGAAAGGCCAUUCACCUGCUCAGACUGUGGGAAGGGAUUCACUCAGAGCAGCAAUCACACGGGAUUUAAGCGCCCAGCGGUUGCCAGCGGAAAGUAG